AAUUUCUUCGCGUGUGAUUUCAAGGUGUUUGAAGGUCAUGACACCGAAAGAUAACUGGAAAAGAAUCGGCUAAUAUUUUGCGUUGAGUUUCAUUCUGUUAGAAUCACAUCAAUAGGAGGGCAGGGCGUGUGGCAUUGCAAUUUCCCGCAAUUUCGUUAAUUGACUAAAAAAUGGUUUGUGACAAUCAUCAUCUGAAACGGAUCUAAGAAGAUGAAAACCUGUUGAUUACAUUGAUCAGAAAUCGAACAAGAAGUCGGUCUUUGGGUCAGGAAGGAACUGUGUUGUGUUCAGACGGAUAUUCAUUACUAGAUAAUAGCUUCUAAAUCGGCAAUAAUGACGUCAUGCUCGUCACUUCGUCAGCUCGGUCGCACCGUCUGCCGACAGAAGAAAGUUGAAUACGAUCUCAGUUCGACACCUCUCGAUCGAUGUCUCUCCACGGCCGAUCUAUCGCUCAUUGCUAUCGGUUGCAUGCUGGGAUCCGGUGUUUAUGUAUUGACAGGAGAGAUUGCUGGUGAAAUGGCCGGGCCUGCCGGCACCGUCUCAUUCUUGAUAUCCGGUCUCGUAGCCCUGAUGGCAGCAAUGUGCUACAUGGAAUGUGCAACACGCCUUCCGGAGACGGGUGCCUCCUACCUCUACGCCUACGUCAGCUUCGGCGAGAUCUUCGCCUUCAUGAUCGGGUGGAACGCCAUCAUUCUCAGAGUCAUGUCUGUUGCGCUAGUCUCACGAGGCUGGAGUGCUUACUUCGACAACGUCAUCAACGGCGUGGUGGGAAAUUGGACAGUCGAGGUAAUCCUCGAUGGAGAGCCUUGGGACUCGCCUCUGCUUGGGAACUACCCGGACUUCCUGGCUGCAGGAAUCGCAGUUCUAGUGUGCAUCCUAGUCGCGGUUGGGACGUCUAUCUCCGCCCGCGCCAAUGGUUUCUUCGUCACCAUCAACGUCAUCACCGUCGCACUCGUGCUCGUCACCGGAUUCGUCUACGCCGACUUUGAUAAUCUCACGCAUCCUGAUGGGUACUUCCCGUUUGGUUUCAACGGCAUCUUGACAGGUGCUGCGGCUUGUUUUACCGGCUACUGCGGUUUUGAAGCGGUUGCAUUCAGCGCCGAGGAGGCCAAGGAUCCAAGUCGAGGACUUCCCAUCGGCGUCAUCAUAGGUUUCCUGGUAUCCAUGCUGUGCUACUCAGGUGUUCUCUUUUCCCUGACAGCAAUGGUACCGUACACUGAUAUCAACGUUGAAUCUCCCUUCGUAUCUGCCUUCGGAGCGGUAGGGGCAAACUGGAUGCAGUAUGUUGUCGCGGUAGGAGCACUUUGCAGCAUGACUGGAUGCAUCAUCAACUGCGUCUUCUGCGUCGCUCGAUGCAUCUACGCUCUUGCCAGGGAUGGGCUUCUGCCAAAGUUCCUCGGAUACACACAUCCGGUGUCAAAGACACCCGUAACAUCGACCCUUUUCGGUGGAAGCUUGUCCGUCGUCAUCACCAUCUUCAUCGACUUCGUCUCCCUGAUCCAGUUCCUGUCUCUUGUUGCCUUCAUAGAGUUCAUCAUCGUAAUCGCCUCGUCGAUCAUGCUGCGGUACCGUCCCGACCAAGAUGUCAGUGGCUAUGCUUCCUUAGGUGGCAGUAACACUCACGUAACGGAAGUCAGUCAUGUCCCGAACGGCAGCAUACAGAGUGCCAGUGCACCGAAUGGUGGCACUCCCAACGGGAAAGGUCACCACCACCAUCGUCACCAUCGCAACAGCGCCGAGACCACACCUUUGCUUAACACCAACGGGAAACCGCAUCCGAAAAGGUGUUACCAGGACAGCAGCUUGAAAAGAAUGGGUGCCGCCAACCCUGGUCCAACCGUCGCUCUAUCCAUCAUCGGUUUUGUUGGCUUCUCCUGCGGCGCUAUGGUGCUCCUGUCCUAUUUUUUCGAGGAGAUCAGUUCGGGGAGCGUGCCAUACAUCUGCGUCCUUGUCGCGUUUCUUCUCCUUACAGUCACUUCUUGUAUACCUUUGGUCAGGCUGCCUCAGUAUGGGGAAAAUGUGCCUUUCAAGGUACCUCUAAUGCCAUAUUUCCCUCUUGUUAGUCUCCUUGCGAAUGUUUUCUUGAUGGUACAGUUCAGCGCCAUUGCUUUCAUUGAAUUUGGUAUCUGGACAGCCAUUGGACUGGUCGUCUAUUUCAUCUACGGUGUCAGGCACAGUCACGAAUCCGACAAUUACAAACAUCGGAUAUCAAGACACGUAGACGUACAACCGAAUGGUGAUGUUACGGAAUCGAUACCGAUAACAAGGGACUUCGAGACCUCGGAUCGUGGUUCACGACGAUCGAGCGCCGAUAACAACGCAUACUGGGCAGGCGAUAGUCUGAUGACGUCAUCAGAAACGAGCUUUGCCGGUUGUUGACGAGAGGUGACGAGAUUUGACGAGAGAUGACGAAAUAUUGAGUUUCGGAUUUUCAAUGAUCAUUACAGUUGUGUCAUUUAUCUAACAUCCGUCUUAUCAGUGAAAAGUGUUGAGAUAUAUUCAUCCUUUUAUACAAAGAUUGUACCCCAAUGUGGAACCAAAAGUUGAAAAAAUUAUAUUAUUUCGUUAAGGAAUGUUGCUUAUUGGUAU